GCCUUUGCCCGACGCGUCUGGGCAAGCAGCAGCAGCCGCGCCGCGCGGGAGCCGCAGGUGGAGCCAGAAUCCUGGUACCACCACCAGGAGGAGAGGGAGUGGUCAGGAUACGGCAGCAGCGCUUCGAAGCCUAGCAGGUCGUACAAACAGCGAGGCGUGCCUCUGGACAGCCUGACGCUGGGGGAGGAGGUCACUGGAUGGGUGAAAUCUCUCACUUCCUACGGUGCUUUCCUGGACACCGGUGCGGCAAAGGACGGCCUCCUUCCGUGGUCGAAGUCCACGCUGUCGCAAGAUGAGGUGAGCGUCGGGGACGAAAUCAAGCACCUGCGCAUCGAGAGCGUGGACCUGGCGCGCCAGCGCUUUUCGCUGCGGGGUCCGGUCCAGGAGAUGACCUGGGAAAGCUGGCAGCCCGGUAAGGCCGAGGUGCCAUCGGAAGAGGACCCCGCAUCCACCGACUGUGGAUGGUGGCAGCACAGCUCCUGGCACGAGGGCGACCGCUGGGCGAAGGAGCCAGACGAUGACGGCUGGGUCGACCUGGCAACAGCGGAGCCCGAUGAUGACGGCUACGUCGACGUGGCAACAUCGGCCCUUCCUCCGGAGGCAACACCCUCGCAGGCCAAGCCGAGUCGCGAGGCGCUGCGCCAGGCGAUCCUGCGUCGUCUGGACAAGGAUGAGGAUGGCUACCUGAAUUGCUCGGAUCUCCAUCCCUUCGCCACACUCACAGGCUUCGUUGGCGACCCUUCCGUCUGGAAAGAAGAGUACGAGCUGCUCUGCCAGGAGUAUGGCUGCGAGACCCAGUGGGGACUUGACCAGCGAAGUUUCUUCUCUAUGGUGGAUACGUCCUCCGAGAACGGCUGCUACUGCUCCGAUGAGGAGCUGGCAGAGAUACUGGAGAAGCUGAAAUCGAGCUCCGAGCUGACUGCACGAAAACACCUGAAGUGCGAUGUUUUCGGGCGCUUCGACGAGGACUCCGACGGAUACCUGAACUCACAGGAAGCGCAGGCCUUCGCCGAAGAGACAGGAUUUGAUGGCGAUGUGGCGAUCUGGAGCGAGGAGUUCCGGGACCUUUGCCAGGAGGCACGGUGCCUGCCAGAUCAGGGGUGGAGCUUCCCAUCCUUUAGCUGGCUGGUCGACCAGGGGGAGCGAGGCGUUUAUUGCACCGACGAGGAGCUUCGCCUCAUGCUGCAGGGCCGCAAGGUCUCAAAUCCACUGCCCCCAGCACCGGCCGACGGUUUCUGGGGCCCCGCGGCCGCCCCUCCAGGUCCUCCUGGUCUGGAGCCCCCGGAUCGCCAGCAGCUCAAGGAGAGCGUGUUCUGCAUGUUCGACUCGGACCGCGAUCGCCGACUAGGCUGCGAGGAGCUCUGGGCUUUCGCUCAGCUCAGCCCCGACUUCGGGUGCAGCGAGGACGAGUGGGACGAGGCCUUUGCCGAACUCUGCGACGACUACGGCUGCAUCCCGACGGAAGGCCUCAGCAAGGAGGCCUUCUUCGCGCUGGUGGAUGACGAGUCGGAUCGGGGCUGCUACUGCACGGAGAACCAGCUGCAAGCGAUGUUGCUGCACGGAGCUUCAGCUCCGGCACGGCAGCUGGCAGGUCGCCCUCGGAGCAAAGGCGAGAGCAGCAAGGGCAAGGGAGCCAGCAAGGGAGCCAAGGGCAAAGAUCCGUUUGACGAAGCAGGAGACCCCUGGGCGGCAGCGGCAGAGAUGCCCCGCAGCAAAGGCAAGGAGAAAGGCAAGGGCAAAGCCGCCGCGGAGAGGGAGCAGAAAGGCAGCAAAGCAAAGGGAAAAGACAAGACCGCGCCUGCCAGCCAGCGAGACGACCCAGGCAGCAAAGGAAAAGGAAAAGGCAAGACCGCGCCUGCCGGCCAGCAAGACGAUGCAGGCUUUGAUCCUUGGGCCACGCCAGAAGCCCAGCGGGCCCGAGAGAAGAUGCAGCAGAAGGCGAAGGAAGAGAAAGAGGAGGUCUGGGGCAAGUGGCGCGACGCCGGGAAGCCAGGCGUCGGGUUGGAACCCGGCACGCCAGCGGUGGAUAAGAAGAAGCUGCUGGAAGCCGUCUUGGCACGGAAAAAGGCUGUCGAGGCAGCAAAAAGGGUGGAGGAGCAGCGCUCUCAGCCACCGGAGCCGACUCAAGAGGAGAGGCCCCCGGCACCUCCCGUGCCUCCCAGUGUGGAGGAGGACGACGACGAGGUUUUCUGGAGCACCGAAGGCACCAGCCUGGCUCCGGCUCGCAGCUCCGGCGCUUCGGCGUCAUCCAGCGCUCCGCAGCUCCAAGCACGCCGGGCCGUGACCAUGAGCGCCGCGUUGGCAGGAAUCGGAGCUGCCAUCGCACAGCUUGCGAUGGGCGACAGGAAUGCCGUCGAGGAGCUCGCGGCGCACAUCAGCGGGGCCCCGUGCGUGCCCCAUGCUGCGGCCGUGGCCAGCAGUGCCCUGCGAUCCUUGUUCCUGGGCAGAACUGAGGAGGCACGUACCCUCCUUGCGCUAGACGAGGUCCUCCACAUCCCAGGCGAGGGCGACGUCACUCUCUUGCAGGCGCUCGAGAGGGCGGCGCUUGCCGUCGGUGGCGUUGGUGCUCCAAUGCUUCUUCGAACACUCGUGCCUGUCCUGGCGAAGCUGGAGGAUCGGCAUGUGGACGUGCGCAACGCGGCCGCGGCCGCAAGCGAGGCUCUCCUGAAAGGCUCGGACCCCUGCGCAUUCGAGGCGAUCCUACCGGCGCUGAAGGCAGGCCUCGAACCCCGGCGUCCGCCGCGCCAGAAGCUCCAUGCUUUGAAGCUGCUGAAGCUUUGCUGGCGCCGCGGCGUUGACGGCGCGGCUGCCGUGGCCGAGAAGCUUCCGGAGCUGCUUCCUUUGACCGCCGACUUGUUGAUGGACACCAGCAACGAGGUGCGCGCCGACGCGUCAGAGGCGACGGACGUCCUCAUGUCCCUGUGCGGGAAUGCCGACCUGGAGCCCCAUUUGGAGGAGAUUAUCAGCUGCGUGAAGGGCAAGAAGGAUGUCAGCAAAUGCCUGCGGGAUCUGGCCGAGGUCGUCUUCGUCCAGCGCGUGACAGCACCGGCCCUUGCGGCGGUGCUGCCGGUCCUCAGCAAGGGCCUGAAGAGCCGCAACGCGAGGGCGCAGCGGCAGGCCUGCGUCAUCGCCGAGAAUAUGGGCCGCCUGGUGUCCGCAGUGGCAGAUGUCAAGCCCUUCGCGCCGCAGCUGCUGCCGCUCCUCCAGAAGGUCCGGGAGGAGGUCUCUGACCCAGAUGUCCGCGCCGUGGCUGGCAGGGCCUACGAGGCUCUAGAGGAGGUAGCCACUGCCGACCGAACCGGAUCCAUUCGCAAGGAGCUUCGCAAUCUCCUUGACAUGGCGGUGGUUGAGUCGGAGGUUGCCAUGGCAGGAGCUUUGGGCGGCGGCAGGGAUAUCGCGCGGACGCCCUGCCCGCAGCACGUGCGCGACGUGGUCCUGGAUCACGCCGUUCUUCUUUGCCUCGGUCUCGGCCGCAUGCGCCGCGAGGCACCGCAGUGGCGACAGCGGCUGACUCCCUUGUUGGAGAGUGUUCUGCCAGGGGGCAGCAUGGAUGGGCCCAAAGCCCUUCUGGCCUCACUCCGGUCCGUUGCAGAGCAGAUCGCCGCCUCCCCAGCGGAAGCCGCGGAGGAUCCAGCCUCGGAGUCCGAGGAGGAGCAGUUCCCACUGCUUUGCGACUGCACUUUCACCCUCGCCUGCGGCGCUGCGACCUUGCUGACGGAGGCGCGGCUGCAGCUGAGGCGCGGCCACGUUUACGGCGUCGUCGGAGGAAAUGACAGCGGGAAAAGCACGCUCCUCCGUGCCAUCCACGACCGUCGGGUCUCGGGCUUCCCUCCAGCAUCCGAGUUGCGCACAGCCCUCGUUGAGCACGGCGUCGGCGAGCGCGCCCCGGACUGCGACCAAACGCCGGUUGAGUUCCUGAUGGCCGACCCGGUGAUCCGCAUGAUACAGAUCUCGGAGGCCGAGGUCGUCGCCCAGCUUUCCGCGCUGGGCUUUGCCCAGGGUGCCAGGUUGCAACAGCCCAUCCGGAUGCUCAGCGGCGGCUGGCGCAUGAAGUUGGGCCUGGCCCGGGCCAUGCUCCAGUCUGCGCACGUGGUCCUGCUGGACGAGCCGACAGGGCAUUUGGAUACCGGGCACAUCGAUUGGCUUGUGGACUACAUCCACACACUGCAGGAUGAUCCUGACAGAUCGAUCACCGUGCUGGUGGUCUCACACGACGCUCCUUUUCUGGAUCGGGUGUGCACCCACAUCCUCCACGUGGAAGGCAGCAAGCUCCGCAACUACCGCGGCAACUUCUCAACCUUCUUGGAGCGCGUGCCCAAUGCCCAACUGGGAUCCAAGAUAGAGGAGACCGGGCCGCUGCCGGCCUUCGUUCUUCCAGAGCCCGGAUCCCUCGAAGGAGUGCGCUCCAAGGGGAAGCGCUUCCUGAACUUAGAGGACGUCUCCUACACCUACCCCGAGAGCCACGUCCCCGCCGUCAAGGGCGCCACCGUGGAGUGUUCGCUCAGGAGCCGGGUCGCCAUCAUGGGCCCCAAUGGUGCUGGCAAGUCCACUGUGGCGGGGCUGGUCGUUGGAGAGUUGGCGCCGGAUCGCGGAACCGCCUAUCGCCAUCCGAAUUUGCGAAUGGCCUACGUGGCGCAGCACGCCUUCCAUCAUUUGGAGGAACACCUGGAGCUCACUGCGACCGAGUACAUUCUCUGGCGUUUCCAGGGCAACGAAGACCGCGAGGCACUUGCCAAUCGUGCGGAGGAGGAGGAGGACAAGAGGGCGGACGCGGAGAUCAAGGGGUUUCGUCUGGUAGAGGGCCAGCUGGUACCUUGUGCGUCAGACCACCCCCAGGCUCUUGAGCCAGAGGUCAUCGUGGACCGGCGGCAGCGUGGACGGUUGGGCUACGAGUACGAGAUGCGCUGGCGGGGGAGGCCAACGACAUCAUGGAUGUCACGCUCGCAGGUCGCUUCCAUUGGCUGCCUUGGCAUGGCGAAGCGCGAGGACGAACGCCAAGCUGCUCAGCGCAGCUUGAUCGCCCGGCCGCUCACGACGCCGGCUGUGCAGGCCCAUCUUGCUGGCUUCGGCCUUUCGAAGGAGGAGGCUUCCUUCCGUCGCCUGGGCGCCCUGUCCUCGGGGCAGCGCGCCCGAGCCGUGCUGGCGGCAUCGACUUGGUUGGCACCCCACCUGCUGGUGUUAGAUGAGCCCACAAACUACUUGGACCAGCCCGCCUUGGCGGCCCUGGCCGCGGGCCUGAAGGUCUUUGGGGGCGGGGUUCUCAUCAUCUCACACACCGCUUCCUUCGUCGACGAGGUCUGCUCAGAGCGCUGGGUGAUGCACGCCGGAGUCCUGCGGAGAGAGGGCGCCUUCGCGAGAGAAGAGGACGAGGCUCGGCCGGCACCCGCCAAUGCGGCGGCGCAGAACGCGGCAAAAGAGCUGAAGGAGAAGCGGAAGCAGAAGCGGCUCAAAGAGCUCCGGCGGAAGCUCGGUCAGGAGGUGAGCGACGAUGAUGAGGAGUGGUGGGAGGAUUUGCUCAAGAAGGCGAACAAGAUGAAGCCAAGCCCAACAGGCGGCUCGUGA